AUGGAACGCGGGUCGGACCCGCCUCCGCUCGCAGCUGACGCAAACGCGGACGCCGCCGCGACAAUCUCAGGUGUAGCUUCGGAAGCCUGCCCCGCCAGUUCCGCAUGCACUCCAACGAGCCGCUCCGGCACCAGCGGUCCCGCACGAAGCGCGAGGCGGCGAAUCCCAGCCCCGACGAGCCCGCCCAGCGCUGCGAGCAGCGUGUCACCCAUGUCCCCUGUUUCCAUGCUCCGUGGCGCGCGGUCGGGGUCCGCAUCCGCGCCCCGGGGGGGAGGCGCGAGUCCGCCGUUCGUGGACGGGAGCGUGCCCGCGAUCCACGGCGCUAGUGAGGGCGCGUUUGUUCCAGUGGUGAAGGACGCGCUGAGCCACUGCGCGCCGAGCGACUCUGCAGGCCACAUGAUGCCCCCUGGCACUCGCCGCUCCCACCAGCCAGCUGCGGCCGCGCAUUCCUCGUCCGCCCCCACUUCCGCCUCUGGCUCGAGCGGGGAUGCGCGGAGGCGCGCGGGCAGUCACCGGCGGUCACUCUCGUGCCCCAGCCACGACGCCCUCAUGGCCGACGCUCUCCAGCCGCUUCCCGCGCCCGCGGCGCGCAUGGCGCGGUGCUCGGGCUCCAGCAACAACCUCGCGCUCAUCGCCGCCGCUGCCACCACCGCGCCAACACCCGCCACCAUCCCCUCGCCCAAUCGCCAUCGCGUCCUCUCCGCCGCCUCUGCCGGCGGUCGUUCUGCCGGCAGCCCCCCGUUGGAUUCGCCUCCGCGUGUAAUAGCCGCCACGCCAGGCGUGACAGUAAACCGUCGCGGCGCCACGCGACCCAGGGGCCUCGACAGUUCCGCGUCCUUUCCGGCCGUGAGCUCGUCCCCCGUCUUCACCUCGUUCGCUCCUUCAGUCUCCGCCACCCCCGCUUCACCCGUCGCUUGCCCCACAACCCCCUCCGGCCUGCCGCCUCGCUCCCGGAAACCCGCCGCGCCGCACAGCAGUGCCUACCCGCAGGCAUCUCCACGUCCCGCGUCGCUUGACGAGCCCGCGAUGUUCGCAAGUGACGGCGACCGAUUCCAUGCGACGUCGCCCACGCUCGCACGGAUUGAGCCCACAUCGCAGAGCGCGGCUGCCCCGAUCAUGGCGAGCAGCCCGUGGGCGCGCGACGAGUCGCCGCGAUUUUCGGCAGCAACGGGAAGGAAAGGCGGGUUCAGCCCUGCGGUCAGCCCUAACGCGCUCAGCCCUACUGCGUUCGCAUUCCCUCUUCAAGGCGACCCCAUGCCAAGCCCUCACUCGGUGCCUCUUCUCAACCUUCCUCCGGAAGCGGGCAGGACGGGAAAGGCGCCCGCAAGCAGUCAACCGGGUGGAGCUGUGAUUCUGAAUACCGCUGGCUUUGAUGCUCGGGUUGGGCCGUUGGCAAGUGACGAGGGGAGCGACUCGGAUGAUGAUUUCAUGGGGCUGUACGAGACGGUGACACAGCGGAGGGCCAUGGUGUCCGCCGCCCACCACAUGCUGGCUGCAGCCGCCUCUGCCAACGCAGCCCCCACCCACGCUCACAGCCCGGCGCCAAGUGGUCGCAGUGCGGCCGCGCACGGAGGCCCUGGCGUAGCGAGUGGCGGGGGUGGUGGGAGUGAGCGUGGGGUGCAGGGAAGGAGUGGCAGGCGGCGCAGCAUGUCUGUAGAUUUCAACUUGUCAUCGUGGGCCAUGGAGCUCCCCAAAGCAGACCCUCGCCCCCGCAAAAGCGAACCCAUGCAUCAGUGUGGCGGGCGAGCCCAAGGUGAAGCUUCUUCGGGCAGGCCAGCCAUGGCCACGCAGGAAGUCCCUGCCACCGCCCAUCUCUCGGAUCGCCUCGUCGAAUCGUCUGACCCGCACAACACGCCCCUUGCAUUCGACCUGGCGGCGAAUGGCGAAAGGCCGGUUUGCGGUGACGCUUCUUUGCAUGAAUGCGCGCCUCGCGGGAAAUGCCAAAAUCCCGAAACGGUAGUAACGGGAAUAGAGGCGUCACAUGAGGCACCGCCUUCGCCGGCGUCGCGCUGCGACAAUGCGGCCACUCACCGAUCGGGCGCAACCAAUCUCCCCCGUCCGGCGGGCCUCCAGCCGCUGGACGCGGAGGAGUUCCGCGCGCACGCGCACCGCAUGGUGGACUAUAUCGCGGACUACUACCGCGAUAUCGAGUCAUACCCCGUUAGAAGCACCGUCGAGCCAGGGUACCUGCAGCAGCACGUGCCUGAGAGCGCACCCGAGGAAGGCGAGCCGCUCCACAAGAUACUCGCAGACGUGUCGGGCGGCAUAAUGCCAGGCAUAACGCACUGGCAGAGCCCGUCCUUCUUCGCCUUCUUCCCCGCCAACAGCAGCACGGCCGCGCUGCUGGCGGACAUGCUGUGCUCCGCGCUCAACGUCACCCACUCCUGCGUCAAGAAGGCCUGCCAGAUCGCGGGCCUUCCCAGCAGCAACCUGCGAGUGCUGCCCACGCGUGCGAGCGACCACUACGCACUGCACCCCAGCACGCUGCAAGAGGCCGUGCACGCCGACACACGUGCCGGGCUCGUGCCCUUCUUCCUCACCUGCACCGUCGGCACCACCUCGUCCACCGCAGUGGACCCCAUUGAACCGCUCGCCGCCAUAGCUGAGGCGCAUGGCAUGUGGGUGCACGUGGAUGCGGCGUAUGGCGGAGCGGCGUGUGUGUGUGAGGAGCACCGGCACCACCUGGCGGGCGUGCAGCACGUGCAGUCGCUGGCCGUCAACGCACACAAGUGGCUGCUCACUAACUUCGACUGCUGCUGCCUCUGGACGCAGGACACCAAGGCGGUGCAGGACGCGCUCACCACCACGCCAGAGUACCUGCGCAACAAGGCAUCGGACAGCCAGCGCGUGGUGGACUACAAGGACUGGCAGGUGCCCCUCGGCCGCCGCUUCCGGGCGCUGAAGCUGUGGUUUGUGCUGCGCAUGUUUGGAGCGGCGCAGCUGAGGGCGUACAUCCGCCACCACGUGUCCCUCGCUCACUGGUUUGAGGCUGCUGUCUGCGCUGAUGCCCGCUUCCAGCUGAUGGCACCGCGCACCUUCGCCCUCGUGUGCUUCCGCCUGCGCCCACCGGGGCAGGCAGAGCAGCGCACUGAGGGGCAUGGUGAUGGGGAGCAGGGGGGCGGGGCAAGGGGCAGUGGUGGCGACGAGGGCUGGGCACUGAAUGAGGCACUGCUGGAGGCCGUCAACUCUCACAUCGCCAUGGCCUGCUGCAGCCUACAGCUCGCGGCUCCCACCGCCGCGUGGAAGGGUCAGGCGCAGUCGCUCUCGGCCGCUGGCGACAAAUCGUCGUUCUUUGGGCGACUUCCUUCUGUCGCACGGUCGCCGCUCGUCGCAGACGUCGCCGCGUCGCGACCAGCCGCCUCCAGGCGGGCCUCCGCCGCUCCGCGCGCGUCCAGCGGGCUCAUCGGCGUGAGCGGCGACGUGGUGUCGCCGCGCGCGGCGCGGCAGAAGAUCCCGCCGAUGCAGCCGGUGGUGAUGACGCCGUCGGGCCCGGCGGACCUGAUGUCGGCGUUCCUGCGCAACCGCAUCAUCUUCGUGGGGUCCGCCAUCAACCAGCAGAUGGCGCAGCGCGUCAUCCAGCAGCUGCUCGCGCUCUCCGCCGUCGACGACCGCCAAGACAUCAAGAUGUACAUCAACUGCCCCGGCGGCAGCACGUACUCCGUGCUCGCCAUCUACGACUGCAUGGCGUGGAUAAAGCCGGACGUGCAGACGGUGGCGUUUGGCAUGACGGCGUCGCAGGGCGCGCUGCUGCUGGCGGCGGGCACCAAGGGCAAGCGCCUCGCCAUGCCCAACGCGCGCAUCAUGAUCCACCAGCCCCAGGGCGGCUGCGGGGGUACAUCAGAGGACGUGCGGCGGCAAGUCAACGAGGUCAUGGCGUCUCGUGAUAAGCUGGACAAGAUGUUCUCCGCGUUCACAGGCCAGCCAGUGGAGCUUAUUCAGAAGUACACCGAGAGGGAUCGCUUCUUCUCCGCUGCCGAGGCCGUUGAGUUUGGGCUCAUUGACGGGCUGCUGGAGACAGAGUACUAG